GCGUUUUGGACGUACGGACACACCAAAUCAACCGAUAGGACGGGAGUUGCACCUCAGCGGCACAUACGACCAUCGCAACUACCUACAAGCCCUGGUGAAGCGUUCCUUGACGAAGCGCCCCAGUGACGAUAUUGUCAUGAAUGCUCAGCACGGGGAUCCAAACGACUUUUUUUUCGUAGCAUACUACAUGAUGGCUACUCCUCCGCCGAGUAUCACGCGAAGCAGGAGACCGACAAGCUUAAAUGACGCAGUCGAUGCCGUGAUCCUGCUACCGUAUUAGACUACAUCUUCACGUUCAUCCGGCCUCAUUUCCGCUCGAGAAUCUGCGACUAUUAGAUCAUCGGCCACACGAAUUUUUCCCUUUCAGAUUUCUUAUCGCAAUGGAGGGACAGAAGGCAAACACGCACAAAGCAGACGUCAUCGUUAUUGGCGCAGGUUUCAGUGGUUGUUACGCUUUAUUCAAAAUUCGGGAGGCAGGAUUCUCUGCCAAGAUUCUUGAACGCGGAGACGACUUCGGCGGCGUCUGGCAUUUCAAUCGGUAUCCCGGUGCCAGGGUUGAUUCAGACACGCCCGCCUACCAGUUCAGCUUGCCCAGAGUCUGGGCUGAUUUCCACUUCACGGAGCGGUUUCCUGGUUGCGAGGAAAUCCGCAAGUACUUUCGACACGUCGAUGCAACGCUGGGUCUGCGUCAGGACACCAUUUUCGACGCUCAAGUAGACGAGGCGAAGUACGACACCGAGGCCGGGCGCUGGCAGUUCAGGACGACCAAGGGGCUACGUGCGACGUCCAAGUAUGCAAUAUUCGCAUGCGGCUCGAUGAACAAGCCGUACAUGCCACCUUUCCCAAACCAAGACCUGUUCGAUGGGCCUAUCAUACACCCGUCUGCUUGGCCCGACAAUCUCUCGCUGACGGGCAAGAAGAUCGGCAUCGUCGGUCAGGGCGCGUCCGGCCUGCAAAUCGUGCAGGAGCUUGCACCACUCGACUGCGAGCUGACGGUUUUCGUCCGAAACCCUUGUAUCGCGGUUCCGAUGCAUCAGAGACAGCUGUCGUACCGAGAGUCAGAGGAGAUGAAACACUAUUACGACGCCAUAUUCGCAAAGGCCAAGUUCGGCUCGUCUUCGGCCCUCCCAUACAAUCAGAAUUCUGACUGGCUGCGCUGCGCGACAGAGACCGAACGAAACGACCUGUUCGAGCGGUUAUGGAACAGGGGUGGCCUCGGCCUCACGCAGUCGAACUAUCGCGAUAUCGUGUUUGACAAGAAGGCCAACGCAUGCUUGUACGAUUUCUGGGUUCGAAAAACGCGAAGUCGGAUGACGGACCCCAAGAAGAUGGACGUCGUCGCGCCUUUGCAGCAGUUUGAAUGGUUCGGAUCAACACGCGUCAACCUUGAGAAGAACUACUACGAGGCGCUGGACCAACCGAAUGUCAAAGUGGUGGACCUCAAGGAGACGCCGAUCCAGUCCUUUGACAGGCAAGGGAUUCUCGCCGGGAGCUCUGAUGUCGCUACACACCACGACUUGGACGUUGUCAUCAUGGCUACCGGCUACGACGGCGUGACAGGUAGCCUGCUGGACAUGAACAUCCAUGACAAGAAUGGCGUCCGGCUGGAGGAUGCUUGGAAAAGCGGCAUCAGCACGUACCUUGGCAUGAUGAUCCCCGGCAUGCCCAAUGCAUUUAUGCUGUAUGGGCCGCAAGGGCCGACGACGCAGACCAACGCGCCGCCUUUCAUUGAGCUCCAGGUUGACUGGGUGGUAAGGCUCCUAAAGCGGAUGAGCCAGGAUCAUGUGUAUUCCAUCGAGCCCUCGGAGGAGUCUUGUGAAUUUUGGAAAGGUCUCGUAACAAAGGCCUUUGAGUCAACCCUUUUUCGUGAUAGCACCGCGUGGUGGACCGGCGCGAACGUCCCGCGCAAGAGAGUCAAGCCACUGGUCUAUCUGGGUGGGGUCCAGCCAUGGAGACAGUUGUGUGACCGGUCUCUGCGUGACUGGACGGACUUCAUCGUGUCGUAGGAGCAGAAUAGCUUCGAUUAUCGUAGCCUGGCUGACGGGAACUUUCAUUUAUCUACUCUGAAUGCCUAUCAUGUGUCAAACUCUAUCGUCAACACUGUAACAAACUGUGACUUCCUGCGGUGAAUUCAGAGACGCGGUGACCUG